AUGGCGACUUUGGAAGACAUAGAUGCGUUUUUUGACGCGUUGGUCGACGGCGGGGGGGACCAAACGGUCUCUGCCGCCGCGGGCAGCGCCGUCGCACCUCCCGCGACGUUCUCUCAGGCUGCUGCCGGGAGAACUCCUUCAGAGCACCAGUCUCUAGAUCCGGACUCAGCAGCGCCAGAAGGCGCAGCGCUCCAGGUUCCCUCCUUCUCUCUCGCAGGAGCGGGAAGUGAUGCUAGCCAGUGCGUGUCGGGUGCCCAAACGGCGAAGGGGACGACUGCGGCGUCCAGCGGCGACGCGGGUGUACAUACAGCCGGCAGCGCUGUCGCUGCACCUCGUUUGCCGGCCGCCGCCGACUCGACUUCAGGUUUCUUUCCUGCUUCUCUUCCCUCGGCUGCAGGUGGGGGGCCGGGAGCGGCAGGAGUCCAGGGCGGGUCAGACGAAGGGGUCGGUGAGUCGCAGAAUGGAAGCGUUUCCUCUCCCCCCGUUUCGUUGUCGGGCGCGUCCUCGCUGCUUUAUCAGGGUCUAGGGCACCUAUCUCCAGGGGCGUCGCCGCCGGGUCCUCCGUCGAAAGCGGGAGUGCGAGAAGAGACGGCGGAGGCCCGGAGCCCAACUAGCGGUCACGGCGCUUGCGCCGGCGCGACUCCGCCCGCGCCGUCGCUUCGGCCCCUUUCGGGCGCAGAGGGACCAGGAGCUGAAGUGAGCCAGCCCACGGUUGCGGGUGCCCCGGUCCUUCCUCCUAACGUCGCCGUUUCCUCUCCUCUGCCCUCGUCGUCGCUUCCUGUCUCUGUUCCUUCGUCGUCACGCUCUCCACACGCCCCCCGAUCGCAGGCAGAGCUAAGCACUGCCUCGACGCAAGGUGCAGUCUCCUCGUCUUCCCGCCCUGCCUCCCGUCCUCUCGUUCUCGAGCCGGCUCUCUCCGCUGCUGCCUCAGCUUCGUCGUCUCCGCCGGCGCAGGCCCCCUCUGCGCUGCCUCCGCCGUUUCCGCUCCACAACCGCGCGUUUCCAGGCAUCAGCAGGGCGCCUCAGUUCGUCGGGAGGCCAGCGGAGACAGGCAAGGCGGCCGGCCUGGCGACGCCAGUCGAGGGUGUGGCGCUGCCCUCUCUCUCGUCUCCCGCGCCUGCUGCUGUCCCCCUGGGGUCGGCGCCGCCCGAGUACACAGUGGAGCCGCCAUUUCGCUACGAGCCGACGAACGCGCCCAACAGCGCGACGCUGCAGGAGGACAUGGCCUUCUGCGCGGAGACCGUCUCGCGCCUCAUUGAGGCGAAGCUCCUCGAAAACGACCAGAUGCUGUUUGCCGUCCACGAAAACCUCUCGGGUGGGCGCUACGACGAGGCGGUCUGCUUCUUCGAGCGACUGCAGCAGAACCUCUUCUUCCUCGCCAUGCUUGCAGAACAACAACCUCCGGAAACUCCCGCGGGCGCCGCGAAGAACGCAGAGGCCGUUCAGCAGGCUGAGCAACUCUUCCGCAGCAACGGCGACUUCUGGUCGCACGAGGAGCUCCAGCGGCUUCACCACGCGCUGCGCACGCCGAACUUGGACCUCCGGCAACUCUCAGCUGCGGUGUGCACCAAGACGCCGCAGCAGAUUCUCUUUUACCUGACUAAGACCGUCGACCGCCACGUGAAGCCGCCCACGCCGCCGUCUCCCAAAGCGACAAAGACGGAGAGCGAAGGCGCGCCGCAGGUGGCGCCUUCGGUAGCGGUCCUACAGGCGUCUGCGCUCGGGGCUUCGCGUGCCCUCAAGCCUGAUGCGAGGGGACCACCGCCGCACCCGCCGCCGGCGCUUCCGUCGACGCCGAGCGACGCUCUCGCUUCCGCGUAUGCCGCGCCCGUGCUGCCUUCUCUCCCCCCUGCCACAGCAACUUCUGCUCUGCUGGCCGCGAAUCCGGCGAUGCCUGCGGCGCACCGCGCGCAGGCCGCGUCGUUGCCGCAUGCAGGAGUGGCGCCGAUCGCCUUUUCCGCAGAGUUUGCCGCCGAGCAGCAGCGGAGAGCCUCUCCAUUCGGCGCCCCGACGGACUCUGCACAGCUGGCGGCAUUCGCGCCGCCGCCUCAAGCCGUGUCCAUGCACGGCCCUCUUAGUGUGCAUACACCCGAGGGGGGUGUUCAGCUCGCGCCGCAUCAGGCGCUGCUGCAGCCCACGGCGGACGCAGCGCAGCUGCGUCAAACGGCCGUUUCGCAGUUCGCUCAGGCGUCUGUUCCUGGAGUCCUUCCGCCUUCAGCGUCGCCUCCCUUUUUCCCCUCUGCGGCGCUUCAGCUCCAACAGGGCGGCGUGUCGAGAUUCCCUGCGCCGGUUCAAGCGCACCAGUCCGCGUCUCACGCGCUGCAGGCGACGGGGCUUUCACCGGCGCCGUCCACCGCCGCGCCGCACGCGUCACCUGGGAUCGCUGCCUCCGCGACUUCGCUCCCGCCUGCCUCAGUCGCGGACUACGGCAGCGCACCUCGGGUGGCGCCGCUGGUGGGGACGCCUGGCGUAGCGCUGCCGACGAAUGCUACACAGCUGCAAACGAAUUUCUCCUUUCCGCAUGCGGCCUUCGCUGGCGGCCUGGCUCAAGGGCCGUUCCAGCAUCGGCCGGCGUGA